CACUCCUGGCCAAUAUUCUGGGGGGGAAAAAAAAAAACAACCCAGCAAAUAUCACCUUUCUCCUCCUCAUCUCAUGAUCUGCCUCCGGCCACGCUGACCCAGACCCUGAUACGCUUCAGCCUGACCCAUAAAAAACUUAUUUAAAGAUAAAAGACCCAGACAAUGCCAUUUCCUGGGGCCAGGCGCAGGCGCGAGGAGGUUGGUCAUAAGGUGAGAGGUUGGCCAAGAACAGCUUCAGUCCUGGGACACGCUUCUGAGCCGAUCAUGGUGGGGGAAAUAGUUUACGCUGAUUUAACGCAUCCUGGGCAUGGUUCUUCUCCCACCGAGAAGCGCCGCGCUCCUGCCUUGUGCCCACGGUGGCAUGGGGUUGUCCUCAAAGCCAGUGGGCUGGUGCACCUCAUCCUGUUGGUGCUGGUGGUGAUGCUGAGCAUACAGGUUUUUCAGAAGUCUCUACAGCCAGCAGCAAUGAGUGGUCCCCUGCAAAGCGUGGAGAUUAAGGGAAGGAACCAGACGGAGCAAUACGUGUUUUCAUCCCUGAUGCAGUAUUUCUGCAAGCCCCGGCAGGAGAGCCCCUCAGCCUGUGCUGGCUGCCAGCUGUGUCCCCAGGACUGGCAGCUCCAUGGGGAAAGAUGCUACUGGCUUUCCAAGGAACAGAGGAACUGGAAGCAAAGCAAGAAAGGCUGCGAAAAUCAGGAGUCUCAGCUGGUAGUGCUCCAGGACAACAAAGAAAAGGAGUACAUCAAGAAUAUUACAGGCAGAGGCACGCAGCCGCUGUGGAUCGGGUUAAUAUUAUCCCAUGAGAAGUGGAGAUGGGUGGACAACACAACCUUCGACACCAACACGUUUGGCACCUUGCAGGGGAUGGAUGGAAGAUGCGGGACGCUGAAAGACGCGGCGCUAGAGGUCGAUACCUGUGACGGGGAACACAAGUGGGUUUGCCAGAAAGAUCCUUUCCAGCUCUCCCCGCCGACGGCGGGAGACGGGGAGAAAUGCGGUGCCUCCGCCUGACACGUGCCCAUCCCGAAACGCCCAGCCUGCGAGACGCCUGCCGCCAAUUAUUUGGGGCGAAGGCAGCCCCCCCUCUUCAUCGUUACGGCUCUGCGAGAGAUUUCGGGGUUUGCAAAUGCGUUUCCCACGCAGGUCAAGACAGUUUUUUUUGGGGGGGGGGGCGCAGAUGGGAAACCAGAAAUGUCUGUGCCCCAGGGGCUGUG